AUGUCUUACAGUGACUACAGCGAUGGAGCAGACGAAAUGCCCGACUUUCACGACGAAGGUGAAUUUGAUGAUUAUUUGAAUGAUGACGAAUACGAACUAAUAAACGAAGUAUUCCCGACUUUGAAGGCGCAGUUGCAAGAUUACCAAGGCUGGGACAAUCUUUCACUAAAGCUGGCCUUGUUCGAUAAUAAUUUCGAGUUGGAAAGCACGCUGACGGAAUUGAAGAAAGCUUUGAAGAAGAAGAAGACACCAAAGAAUCCGGCUGCUGCUGCUAAUGGGACUGCAAAAGUCACUCAAAAACUGGCAGACACAUCAAUUUCGGAACAAAGGCCAAAUAAUGGGCCUCCAGAUUGGCUUAACGAAGAAGACAGUGAAGAUGAACGCCAUGGUGAGGGAGCCAAUGACGAAAAGACAGUUCAGAGAUACUAUAAGACUACGGUGCCAACAAAACCGAAGAAACCUCGUGAUAUUUCUGCAUUUAUUGAAUCCUCGUUGCCUCAUUUAAGUUUUGUGGUCCUUGGUCAUGUUGAUGCGGGGAAAUCAACUCUGAUGGGCAGACUUCUUUAUGACCUGAACAUUGUCAAUCAAUCUCAACUGAGAAAACUACAAAGGGAGAGCGAAACCAUUGGUAAGUCAUCCUUUAAAUUUGCCUGGAUUAUGGAUCAAACAAAUGAGGAGCGCGAACGUGGUGUAACAGUGUCCAUUUGUACAUCCCAUUUCUCUACCCAAAGGGCAAAUUUUACCAUUGUGGAUGCACCGGGCCACAGGGAUUUUGUUCCAAACGCUAUAAUGGGGAUAUCGCAAGCAGAUAUGGCUAUACUUUGUGUAGACUGUAGCACCAAUGCCUUCGAAUCGGGAUUUGACUUGGAUGGGCAAACAAAGGAGCACAUGCUGCUAGCAUCCAGUCUCGGAAUCCACAAUCUGAUUAUUGCUAUGAACAAGAUGGAUAACGUUGAUUGGUCGCAAGAAAGGUUUGAGGAGAUCAAAUUGAAACUGUUGCCCUACUUGGUUGAUAUUGGGUUUUGUAAGGAUAAUAUCAGUUGGGUACCUAUCAGUGGCUUUUCUGGAGAAGGUGUUUAUAAAAUAGGGUAUACAGAUGAAGUGAGACAAUGGUACAAUGGUCCUAACUUAAUGUCUACUUUGGAAAAUGCGGCGUUGAAGAUUUCUAAGGAGAGUGAAGAAAUUACCAAAGAAGAUCCGUUUUUGUUUUCUGUGUUGGAGAUCAUCCCAUUGAAAAAAACAAGUAACGAAUUGGCAUUAGUUUCAGGAAAGUUGGAAUCAGGUUCUAUUCAACCCGGUGAAUCGUUGACAAUAUAUCCAUCGGAACAGAGUUGUAUUGUAGAUAGAAUUCAAGUGGGUUCUCAGCAGGGACAAUCAACAAAUCACGAAGAGACGGAUGUUGCCAUCAAAGGUGAUUUUGUUACCUUGAAGUUGCGCAAAGCCUAUCCAGAAGAUAUUCAAAACGGUGAUUUGGCAGCAUCAGUCGAUUAUCCGUCCGUUCAUUCGGCACAGUGUUUUGUCUUGGAGUUAACCACCUUUGAGAUGAACAGACCUUUGUUACCAGGAACACCCUUUAUUCUCUUCAUCGGAGUCAAAGAGCAACCUGCUAGGAUUAAAAAAUUAAUUUCAUUGAUAGACAAGGACGGCAAUUUAAGCAAGAAAAAGGUUAGACACUUAGGUUCUAAACAACAAGCUUUAGUAGAAAUAGAACUAAUUGAAGUGAAGAGAUGGAUUCCUUUACUGACUGCCCGUGAAAAUGACCGUUUGGGUAGAGUUGUUCUCAGGAAGGACGGUAGAACCAUUGCAGCAGGUAAGAUAUUUGAAAUAUCCCAGUAG